AUGGACUAUAGGACUAAUAUCACUGAAUUUAUUCUUCUAGGACUUUCUCAGACAAAAGAAAUACAAGCUCUUUGUUUUGUCCUGUUUUUACUUUGUUACAUUGCAAUUUUAUUCGGGAACCUACUUAUCAUGAUUUCUGUCACACGAAGUCACCUUAUCAAUCAACCCAUGUAUUUCUUUCUGAGUUACCUCUCAUUUUCAGAUCUGUGUUACACUUCCACUGUGACCCCCAAGCUGAUCAUCAACUUAGUAGCAACAAGAAAGUCAAUUUCCUACAAUGGCUGCAUGACACAGCUCUUCACCAUGCACUUCUUUGGGGGCAUUGAGGUCUUUAUCCUCACGGGAAUGGCCUAUGAUCGUUACGUGGCCAUUUGCAAACCCCUGCACUACACCAUCAUUAUGAACAGGCAAAGAUGUGAUGCAAUGAUUGCCGCUUCCUGUGCUGGGGGAUUUCUGCAUUCCUUUGGUCAGUUUCUCCUGGCAGUGUUCUUACCUUACUGUGGCCCAAAUGAAAUAGAUCACUACUUCUGUGAUGUGUACCCUCUGCUCAAACUGGCUUGUGCUGACACCAGAAAUAUUGGUUUCUUGGUUAUUGCUAACUCUGGCCUGAUGGGCUUAGUGACUUUUGUGGUCUUGUUGAUAUCAUACGCUGUGAUCAUAUAUACUGUCCGGUCUUACUCUGCAGAGAAUCGUCGCAAAGCCCUUUCCACUUGCAGUUCCCACGUUACUGUAGUUGUCCUUUUCUUUGCUCCUCUACUCUUUAUUUACAUUCGACCAGCAACGACAUUACCAGAAGACAAAAUAUUUGCUCUCUUUUACACUAUCAUUGCCCCCAUGCUCAACCCCCUAAUUUACACACUCAGAAACAGGGAGAUGAAGAAUGCCAUCAAGAGAUUGUGUCACCGUAUCACAGAGAACGAGGGAAAUAGACUGAAAUCAUAACUGUUUUCCAUAACACAGUU